AUGAAUAGUUCCGAUUUACCGGUCAUUAGCCCCACACCCGUAGGUAAUCGAUCCUUCUUCCUUCCACCGUUCCUUAUCCAAACAUUCUGUUCUUUUUCCUAUUUCCUCCGAUCGUCAUCGCCACAACCAUCCAAUCCACCGUCUCCACUCUAUCCAUACCUUUACUCCAAUGUUUCUCUCAUCCGAAUGUCGAACCGGAUGUGUCCACAUGCCACCAACAAGCUCCCUAGAAAGCGAGUUUUAGAAUCGUCGACCCCCACUACCGAAUCUGCUCUUCGACUCUUUGAUUCCAUUAUAACCGGCGCUGGCCACUCCACUUCCACCACAGAAGAGUCACCUGAAACAAACAUCUCAGUUGUUUACAGAUUUCAUUGCACUCACGAAAUCUCACCGACGAUGCCCUCCAAACAACCUGCUCUGUCGCCUUCUUGCAUAACCCAGUUCGAAACUGAGGAGAUAUUGAAGAUGAGUUCCAAUCAACCACCGAAAUCUGUUGUACUUCAACCGUAUGUUCUUCUUGGGAAGCAAAUCAAUGUCGUGGAUCGACAAAUUCAGGGACGUCUACCUCGCCUAUUAAGCGAAGGUUUACACAGAUUUUUGUGCAGUUGUUUGACCAGUGGUGGUGAACAUGCUUUGGAUCUUCUAUCUAAUGAGACUCAUUUGAUUCUAUCUGAUGGCAGCCAAAAACAAGCGAUUGAAUUUACAGGUAUAUAUUUUUCUACCUUUGUUGUAGAUUUUGCUCCAUCAAAUCAUCAAAAUUGGAAUUGUACAGUAUGUCAUCAGUAG